AUGGCGGACACCGUCGACCGUCGAAACAACCCUCGUCAUGACAUUUCUGUGAAAUCCAACGUGACCUCAACUCACUUUUGCGAACACUCCACGGUAUCAGAGACGUUGCAGACCUCAUGUUUGAGAGGGAGCGGUUCACCGAGACUCGUCAAAGCCGACCUCAUCCCACACGAGCGGCAAGACGAAAUCACUCGAGAUCAGCAGACACGACUCUGGGUGCAGAGCUGCCACGGCUAUUCCCAUGUCGGAGACCAGGAACAGAAGAGACGAGACUCGAUCAGCCAGACACUUCGAUCGGCGGCUGCACUAGCAGAGCAGCUUGAGAAGUUUAACGCCAUAGGGGGAAAAUUGGACAGUGACAAAGGAGUCGAGAACGAGCCAAGUUGCCAGAGCUUGCAGUUCAUUGGGGGCUGGACGGAUGAGAGGGGAAACCAUUAUUGA